AUGAAGAGAAGCAUAAUUUCAUCUACUCUACUACUAUUUUUCUUGUUUGUUCUUGUCACAUUUUCCAUAACUUCAGUUGAGGCGAGAAAGCACCAAACUAAGAAGAGCAAACCUCAUAAACAUCAAAAAGGUGGUAAUAACACUCAUGAUUCACAUUUGCCUUGUCCUUCUCCAACUCCAGUUCCUCAAUAUGGUUCCUUUUCUGUCUUGUCAUUUGGAGCCAAGGGCGAUGGUGUCUCCGACGAUUCUAAGGCGCUCAUAGCGGCAUGGAAAGCUGCCUGCAAAGUGAAUGGGGCUACUGUAGAAAUCCCUUCAGGACUCAAGUUCCUCAUCAAGCCAGUAACUCUUCAAGGCCCUUGUAUGCCUGACCUUGUUCUUCAGAUAGAUGGAACUCUAAUGGCUCCUCCAAAAGUUGGUUUAUGGUCAAAGUCCAGUCUGUUCCAGUGGAUAAACUUCAAAUGGGUUCAUAACUUCACCAUUCAGGGCACCGGCGUUGUUGAUGGCCAGGGCUCUGACUGGUGGACUAGUAGUUCCUCUUCCUCUAAAGUCUAUUACUUGCAGAAGAAGUCCAAUAAGCAUAUCCCUAAAUCCAAACCGACUGCUUUAAGAUUCUUUUCAAGCUAUGAUGUGACGGUACGAGAUAUUAGAAUCAUAAACAGCCCUCAGUGCCAUUUGAAAUUUGACAGCUCUAGCGGGAUCAAAGUUGACAACAUUACCAUAUCUUCACCAGAAAAUAGCCCAAAUACUGAUGGAAUUCACUUGCAGAACACCCAAAACGUCGAAAUUCAUCAUUCUACUAUUGGUUGUGGAGAUGACUGUAUAUCCAUACAAACUGGUUGCUCCAACGUUCAUGUUCACCAUAUCAGUUGUGGCCCUGGCCAUGGCAUAAGUCUAGGAGGACUAGGAAAAGACAGAAGUGUUGCUUGUGUCUCAGAUAUAAUUGUCAAUGACAUUUCAUUUCAGAACACUCUUUCAGGAGUCAGGAUCAAAACUUGGCAGGGAGGCAUUGGGUCUGUGAAGAACGUAUCGUUUUCCAAUAUCCAAGUUUUGAAUGUGAAGGUUCCUAUGAUGAUAGACCAGUACUACUGUGACAAGAAGUCUUGCAAGAACCAAACAGGAGCGGUAGCAAUCUCAGGUGUGAAAUAUGACCAAAUAAUUGGCACUUUUUCAGUGCAGCCUGUACAUCUUGCUUGCAGCAGCGACGUUCCAUGCAUAGAUAUUGAUCUUAUUGAUAUUCAGCUCAAGCCUUCAGCAGUGUAUCAGAGAUUUCAGCACGCUCUGUGUUGGAACUCUUAUGGAAAAUCACAAGCUCCUUUGGUUCCGUCGAGCAUAGACUACUGCUUGAGAAGAGAUGCAAACCCAGUCAAGAGAAUAGCAAAAUCACAUGACCAUCAGCAUCUAUGCUAG